GGGAAUUUUGCUCAAUUGCUGCUCGUUUUGGGCAGUAAUUAACUUUUUUAUAAGAAAAAUACAUAAACAUAUCUAAUACAAAUUAUUUAAUUACUCUCCACAAUACCAGUGUAAAAAAUAAGUAAUCACAGGAAACUGUGAAUCUUAUUUAUUAGACGAAAAGUAAACAAGUUUCAAUUAUUUGUGGGCCCGUAAUAAAACCCCAAAAGAUGCAAUUAACAUCCGACCCUAGGCGUGCUGACAGAGAACGUCGAUUCAAACCGCCUCCACCGACAUCAGCUCCGGCUGAAGAUCUCACCACAGAUUACAUGAAUAUUCUAGGUAUGGUGUUUUCUAUGUGUGGUCUUAUGAUGCGUCUUAAGUGGUGUGCAUGGACUGCAGUAUUCUGUUCUAGUAUUAGUUUUGCUAAUUCUAGAGUUUCUGAUGAUACUAAACAGAUUGUAAGCUCCUUUAUGCUGUCAAUAUCUGCAGUUGUUAUGUCGUACCUACAAAAUCCUGCUCCAAUGUCACCCCCAUGGGCAGCUCUUACUACAUAGAUAUUGUUUUAUUACCGUAAAACCGGGUGAAUAGAAUUCGAGGGGUAAAUAGACACGGAAGAGGGGUGAAUAUAUACAAGGAAAAUUCGCCAACAUCUAUUCUCCCCUUUCGUGUAUCUAUUCACCCCUCAAAUUCUAUUCACCCCGUUUUACCCUCAAAUUAUAUAAUUUAUUACAAUUAUUACAUGUUACAUCUCUUCC